ACCUGGAGGGUGGCUUCAGGGUCCCCAGGGGAGCUGGAUUCCGAGUCCUCUCCCCUUCCUCUGGGACGAGGCCGGGCAGGGUCACCAGUGGCUCCCUCUCCCUGGCCCCUGAACCCCCGCUCCUCUCCCUGCCUUCCCUUCCCCUGCUCCAGGUGGGGCCUGAUAGGAUCACGAACUCGGCAAGCAAAGCUCAUCCUCUGGUAUUUUUGCCAGAACUGACUCUUCCCCUAGGCAUCCCCCGCUCAGUGAGGGUGGCCGUUUCCCAGCAGGCCACAACCCUCCGAGCCAUCCUCAGCUUCUCUUUCCUCUCAUGCCCACAUCCAGUCCAUCAGCAAAUCCCGGCAGCUCCAUCUUCCAACAUCUGCCCACUUCUCUCUCCUCCAUGGCCCCCACCCCGGCCCUCUCCACUGCUCUCUCCCAUUUGUACCUUCACAGCAGCCUCCCCCCACCCCACCCCAUCCCCAGUCUCCCUGCUCAGAGCCCUCCCGUGGCUCCAUCUCCUUCAGCGGAAAGGCCAGCGUCCCAGAGGCCCCGUGCGGUCUGCCCCUGGCCUUCCUCUUCUCUCUUGUUCUGGCCACUGCUCCACCCCCCAGCCACCUUUGGUGUUCCAACUCCAAAUUCGGCCCUGACCCAAGCCUUGGCACUUGUGAGCCCCACUCCUGGGCUGCCCUUGUCUGGAUCUUCUGGGAUUGCCUCCCUUUGAUCAGUGAUGAGCCCACGUCACCUCCUCAGAGAGGCCCACCCUGCCCACCCUGCCCGAGGUAAACCCCUUCUCUAUCUGCACCAGACUCAGGCACCGCAGCCAGGGCUCCUCCCUUCACAACGUGUGGGUUUGAGAACUGUCCAUCUCCUACCUGAAGGGCCGGGGUGUUUCCCAGUUUGUUCACUGCUCAGCCUCAGAGUGGAGAGGAGAGACUGGCAGAUAGUAGGUGCUCAAUAAAAAUUACUGGAAUGAAGAUGUUUGGGACUCUGCAGUUCCCAAGUGCCAGGCUCUGCCCUAAGCUCUAGACACGCAGGAACUCAUUUAACCCUCGCCGCCACCAAGCCUUAGAGUAGGUUGUCAAAAGUACCAUUUGACAAAGGAGGAAACAGGUCUUGGGGAAGUUAAGCAACUGUCCCAGGGCUCCACGGUGGCGGCGGGGUCGGGUGGGGACUCAGGUCGGAAGGCCAUGGCUGCCUGUGAGGACGCAGGCUGCUGAGGCCCACUUCCAGAGGAGGCCCGAGGGGAGAGGCAUUGCCUGAAGUCGUCCAGGAGGUGACUGGAACCCAAACGGGGCUGUUGAGCUGGAUCAGACCCCGUUUCUCUGGGAAGAGAAACCUCCACCCUCCUUGCUGGCGCCCACGGGCCGGAAGCCUGGAGGGGCAGCGGGUGCAAGGCGUGGGUUCCCCAUGCAUAAUUGAGGGUCUCAGGCAGGUCGGCCGCCCCGCAGCUGUCGUGCCGCUGCGGGAGGGGUGGGGGCGGCGGUGACGUCAUCUCCUCCCCGCGGGGUGGCAGCGCGGGUUAUAAGGGGCUGCCCGGCCUGGUCGGCACAGCGCCGGGGACCCCGAGUCCGGACGCCGCACCAUGCCGCACCGCUGGCCGGUCUCCGCGCCGACGCUGCUGCUGCUGCUGCUGGGGGCAGCCACCGCUGCACCCCUGGGGCCGAGACCCUCCAAGGAGGAGCUGACCCGCUGCCUGGCAGAGGUGGUCACGGAGGUGCUGACACGGGGCCGGGCCCAGAGAGGGCCCUGCAUGGCUCUCCUGCACAGAGAGAUGUGUGAGACAGAGCCCUACGGCUGCGUGCCUGCCGAGGAGAAAGGCCUGCUGGUCGGGGAUUUCAAGAAGCGGGAGGCCGGGAAGACAAGGUCCAGCCAGGAAGUGAGGGACAAGGAAGAGGAGGAAGAGGAGGAGGCAGCAGAGAAGACCCACAAGUCUGAGGUGCGGGAACAGGCCAUCCACGAGCAGCUCCACAGCCGGCUCCGCCAGGAGGAGGAGGAGGAGGAGGAGGAAAAGAGGAGGAGGGGCCCCGAGGAGUCCUUUGAGGACCUGUGGAAGCGGCAUCGAGAGGGUGGAGGGGGCCUCCAGAAGCGGGUGGCAGAGAAGGCCAGUGACGAGGAGACAGCCCAGUUUGAGGCAGAGGAGAAGGGUGUGCGGGUGCUAGGUGGGGGCCACGGCCUGUGGCAGGGGGCGGAGAGGGCCGGAGGAGAGAGGCACCAGGAGUCCCUGCACCACCGUCGCCGCCAGCCAGAAGCUGAACCCAAGGAGGAGGAGGAGGAAGAGGCUGCUGAGAGGGAGGAACAUGAUGUGGAACGGCUGGAACACGUGAGAGAUGAGCUGAAGAAGGUGACAGAGAUCCUGGGGGAGGAGCUCAGGAGGGAGGGCUGACCUCUGACCUCAUGUCCUUUCUUCCCAACACACCCUACAGCUUAGGACUGUUGACCCCAUAAGCCCCCUCCUCACUUGGCACCUGCCCCAACCUUGCAGCAGUAGGGAGAAGGGUGUGCCUUGAAUCCAGGCUUGAGGGGACAAGUCUCAGCUGGAUAGGGGGCCCGGGCUCAGACCUAACUCAGGAAAAGGGACCACCCCACCCAAUACCCCAUCCCCUCCAAAUGAAUAAAGCACAAAGAA